UGACUAAAAACUGUCGUGUUCCGUCAUAGGCCUUUUAUGUACCAGGGCCGCGGUAUCUCUUUCGAACAACCCGCAGCCCCGGUUGUUUGAUAACCUUUAACAUAGCUAUCUCAAUAACUGCUGAACCGUUUACGUAACAGGAGGUAUAUAUAGUGAUGUUGGUGUAUUUUUAUUAAAUACUGUAUCUAAGCUUCAUGAUACUCAUACAUAUCUUAUACUUUCAUCAUGAAGACUUUUAUUAAGAGUUUUGUGUUUCUAUUAUUUUUUGUCUAUACAGAAUGUGCGUUUACAUGCGACUACAAAUACAGUCUACUGACGAAGGGCUGGUUCAAACUUCACGUAGUUCCUGAGACCUGGCAGGAUGCCCGACUUCGCUGCAGUCUUCAAGGUGCUGUGUUAGCUUCUCCAACUUCAUCAGCAAUGGCAGCUGAAAUGAGGCACACCAUGAAGAAUUUCUUCAUCCAAGAUACUGAAGUCUUCACUGGAAUACAUGCUACCUUCUCGUCUGGGAGCUAUUAUACGGUUGAUGGUAUACCUCUCAGUAAGAUCCCUCUAGUUUGGGCCAAUAACGAGCCAGAUAACUUUGGAAAUAAAGAGAGAUGUAUAACCUUUAGCAGUAAUGGAUCUGCAGCUGACAGAAAUUGUGAGGAACCCAGACCUUACAUCUGCUUUCGCUCUGGAGAAAAGGAGGUGCUGACCAAUAGGUGUGGCACUGUUGAUGAUGAAUACCACUAUUACGCAAAGACCAAAAAAUGCUACAAGUUUCACAGAGUACCAGGAUCAUUUGAACGUGCUCACUUCGUUUGUUCAGCUGAAAACGGCCAUCUUGCCAUUAUAAAUAGUGAAGAUGAAGCGGAAGUUUUGAGAAGAGUCUUUGCUGAUAAUCCUGAUUCAUCGAUACUUGGAAGUUUUAGGAAAGAAGUAGCUUACAUCGGUUUCCACGAUUGGGGCUCAUGGGGCGAUUUUAGGACAGUGCACGGAGAAACGCUAAAAGAGGCUGGUUACGAUAAAUUCGUAAGUGGUGAACCUAACAAUUAUAAUAAAAUUGAACAUUGCGGGGCUAUCUACCGUUCAGCACUUCUGAAUGACCUCUAUUGCAGCGGUCCACUCGCAUUCAUUUGUGAGAAGGACCCAGCGUAUCCACCAGUCUGCCAGCCUACGGCUGAUGAAGGAAUAGAGAUUGAUAAGCGGUUUAAUAACAAAGUUGAAUAAUAUCAGUACCCUGGGUAUUGUCCUCGUCAAACUUUUUGUCAAGACCAAUUCUACGUGGCAGGUGGCGGCAAUAUUCUGUUACUUAAGUUUUAAAAUAUCCAAGAAGCUAUGUAUAGGUAAUUUAAAAGAUGUAUCGAUUAUAUACUUAUGUAUUUA